GACAGACUGAAACACACAGGAGAUCAACAGGAGAAAAAGAGGAUUGGCUGCUCCAAACUUUGCCUAUUAGGAUUUAUAUUCCCCCGUGCUGGACCAAGAGAUGCGCUGGAAAAGUGAAGUUAAGGUAGAAUGCUGCGGUGUGACCGACAGUGAGAGCGGGUCUUUGCUGUCCAAUGGCGAGGUUCUCGUCAUGUGUGAGGAGUGCAAGGGAGACGGAGAACUGGCUGGCAAGUCCGCCGAGGACAGGAGGGACAUAAUGGGCGCGCCGGUGGAAGUUUUGGAUGAAGACACUUCGUCCCCGCAGGCGAUGGCCUCUGCACCUCUGCUGGGCAGGAGUGUGUGCGCCAAGUGCAACCAGGAAAUAGUGGACAAAUAUUUAUUAAAGGUUAACGACUUGUGCUGGCAUGUGCGCUGUCUGUCCUGCAGCGUGUGCCAGACCUCGCUUGGCAGCCAUGCGAGCUGCUACAUCAAGGAAAAGGAGGUCUUCUGCAAACUUGAUUACUUCAGACGAUAUGGCACCUGGUGCGCCUGCUGCGGCAGGAACAUCCACUCCACAGACUGGGUCCGCCGGGCCAAGGGCAACGUCUACCACCUGGCCUGCUUCGCCUGCUUCUCCUGCAAGAGGCAGCUUUCCACCGGUGAGGAGUUCGCCCUGGUGGAGGGCAAAGUGCUCUGCAGGGUCCAUUACGACUGCAUGCUGGACAAUCUCAAGCGGGCCGUGGAAAAAGGAAACAGUGUUAAUAUGGAAGGAGUCUUGCCCACGGAACAAGAAAUCAAUCAGCCAAAACCCUCCAAGAGAGCUCGAACCAGCUUCACAGCCGACCAACUGCAGGUGAUGCAGGCUCAGUUCGCUCAGGACAACAACCCUGAUGCUCAGACUCUGCAGAAGUUGGCAGAGCAGACUGGUCUCAGUCGAAGAGUCAUACAGGUCUGGUUCCAGAACUGUCGAGCUCGCCACAAAAAACACGUGAGCCCCAACCACACCUCGAGCACCCCCAUGACCUCCCUGCAGCCCGGCCGUAUGUCCCAGCCCACCCCGACCCCCGAAGAACUGCAGUACACGGCCUACGGAGGCCCGGAAGGCUCAAUGCUCUCAGCUCUACACUCCUUCAUUGACAUACACUCUCCUCCCUCCAUGUUUCAGCCACUGCUGCCAGCCCACGCCAUGACCUCCAUGCCUGUGUCUCACGCCUGAGCUGCUCUCUCUCUCUCUCUCUCUCACACACACACACACACACACACACACACACACACACACACACACACACAGUAGCUUCAGACCUCACCAUCGUUUCUUCACCAUAACCAGCUGCAGUAUUCAGAUGAUUAUGGUAAAUCUGAUUUGAUGUUCAUCACACCUUUUCAUUUCUUAAACUUCAAGAAAUCCAUCUUUAAGUCUCUUAUAUUUAAUUAAAAAAAACUUUUGAAGACCAUGACUUACAGUCCUAUGUGUACUGUAUAAUGUGGAAAUGCAAUGUUUUCAGUGUACCUCACAGAGCUGUCACACAUGGGACUAUAUUUGUUUAUGUGGUUGGUGACAAUGUUUGACUGUGCUACUCCAUGUGAAAGCCAACUGACUCUAAACUCCGUAUGAAGGUGAAGCUGAAUUUGUUUUGUAUAAAUGUUGCAAUUUAAUUUAUUGUAUGUGUAAGUCUGUUUUAAGAAUAAAGAACUAAUUUCACAAA